CCGCCUUCAACUGAAGCCGAGCGCUUGAGGCGGCGCCGAACGAGGAGGGAAAGUAGAGAGGCAGAGACGGCACGGCGGCGCGGGAGAUCUCUCUCGACAUCGCCGGACCAGAUGGACGCGCCGGAGAGCCCCCCAGCCGGACCACCAUCGUCCGCCGCCGUCGCGCUCUACGAGGACUCUCCUGUCUUCGAUUUCAUCAAUAGUCUUUCCCCUAUAGCUACACUGAAGCCUAAUUCAGUACCAAAUGCCCAGCCAUCAGAUUUGCCACCUGUUUCUUCACUCUUUGCCUCUCCACAAGUAAAUCCACAAAAGGAAUCUGAGCUCACAAUCAGGGAUGUCUAUGUUCAACUUUCUGAAGAAGCACUCGAUCCAAACUUCCAAAGGAGUCAAAUAGGGACUUCAAGCUGGAUUCAACUCUCCGGAUCCACAAAAAUUGUUUCAGAAAAUAGAAGUAGAAAUUAUGCUGCGGAUGAUAUUCAUGUUUACUGUGCUGGUGCAUCAGAAGGUAUUGCGACAAAUUAUGGCCCCACAAUGCUCCCUGGUGCUAGUCAAAGUCAGUUGGUUUCAAAUGACUAUUUCUUUGACACAUUCAAAGUUCCCAGCGAUGACACCCCAAUGGACAAUGCCUUAUCCCAGCAUCAAUGUGGUAUGCAUAGGCGUAGCCUCUUCAGUGAAAAGGUAGGGGCAUCAAAUAUGAGUGUCCAAAGUGCCUUGAAUCUUCAUCAUGCACGUAUCGGUGGCGAUGCCAACCUGAUACCUGCGGGAUCCCCUGCAUUGGCAUUGCCUGGCAUUGGUUUGCAUCUGAAUGCUGUUGCCUCGAUUCCAAAAGAUAUAAUGCCAUAUGACAAUCCUCUACUACCACCUAAACACAAUAGUCCAAUGAAAUCAGUAGUUUCUGGCCAUGAGCUUGUUCCCUAUAGUAGUGAGGUGGACGUUCAUAAUCAAAAUGAUCACUCUUCUCAGAAAACCAUGCCUAAAGCUGAUGAGUCUGGCCAAGAAAUUCACAAGAAAAAAAGGCGUAAGUUUCAAAACAGUGAUGCUGAGUCAUGCAGAAGUUGUAGCUGUAAAAAGUCAAAAUGCUUAAAACUUUACUGUGCGUGUUUCGCUGCUAGAGUCUAUUGUUCAGAAUUCUGCUCAUGUCAAGGCUGUUUGAAUAAUCAUACUCAAGAGGAAACAGUUUUAUGUACUCGUAAGCGGACUGAGUCUCGUAAUCCAUUAGCAUUUGCUCCAAAAGUAACUCGCACGUGUGGAUCCAGUCAGGAAUUAGUGGACGACUCUAAUAAAACUCCUGCUUCCGCUCGGCAUAAAAGAGGCUGCAAUUGCAGGAAGUCUUUUUGUCUUAAAAAAUACUGCGAGUGCUUUCAGAGUGGUGUAGGGUGCUCCAUAAGUUGCCGAUGCGAAAGUUGUAAGAAUUCUUUUGGAAGAAGGGAGGGGGUGCUAUUGCUAACUACUGAGAAAAUGGAGCAAGGGGAGAAACAAAAAAGCGCUAAUUCCAAGGAAGAGAAACUUGAGUUUGAGAAACAGCAUGUGGUUGGCCAAUCUGGUUUUCUUCCAUCCACCGAGAAUCUACUCACAUCACCUUCUAUUGAGCCAUGCAGAUCCUCAAUCCUGCUUCCAUCUACAUGUUCCAAGCCGCCGCUGUCAUCAACCAGAUGCUCUUCCCGACUGCACAACCCUCAGUCUCCUAUGAAGGCAGAUGUUUUGCUCCCUCGUUUCGAUACCUAUGUGGCUGAAAUGAUCCUUGGGAAUGGUCCUUCAGAUAUCCAGGAAGGGGACUCAUCCUGCACUGCCAGCGUCAAGAUUGUGUCACCUAACAAGAAGAGGAUCUCUCCACUGCGCGUUGGCACCGGCUUGUCUCCGAUCAAUAGGAGUGGCAGGAAACUGUUUCUGAAGUCCAUCCCUUCCUUCCCUUCCCUCAGUGGUGAUGUAAAUAGUGAGUCCCAGUAAACAGAGUUCAUCAGCAGCGUUUGGCACCUGAGUGGGGCUGAUGGUUGUGGUAUCCUCGAUCCUCGGGAGCUGACUUUACCUGAUUUUGUUGCCACGAUGAGUUGAAGGAACUUAUUUUAGCAAUUCUAGCAUAUUGAGAGAGUUAUGCUAAGUUUUCUAUCCAGAGCUGAAGCUUAACAAUUCCACUACAUGUGGCAUACUUCACCUGGCGUUACCCAGUUUAGCUAGUCGCUCUGUUCAUACCAAUGUUUUAGCCUCUUAGGUCAGUUUGUUUGUAUUUCCACAGCUCGUGGGCGACAAAUGCAUACGUAUGGACAACGAAAUUCUUAAAUCUAAUCAACCGAGUCAUAUAAGUCCAGU